GCUGAGUGUAAACAAAGCAAAGACUUUUCCAUUUGCUUUAGUAACAUUUCUGGAGGCAAAUGACACUAAAAUGUCGUUUCUGUUCGCGUGGACUUUGUUGUGUCUUCUGGUUUGUUGUGAUAUAGGAGAGUGCAGAAGAAGAAAUGUGCUUCUCAUCAUUGCUGAUGAUGGUGGGUUCGAAACGGAUGUCUACAACAACACUGUGGUCCAGACCCCUCAUCUCCGGGCUCUUUCUGAGCGCAGUGUGAUCUUCAAGAACGCCUUCACCUCAGUCAGCAGCUGCUCACCAAGUCGUUCCACCAUCCUGACUGGACUACCACAGCACCAGAAUGGGAUGUACGGCCUCCAUCAGGGAGUUCAUCACUUUAACUCAUUUGAUGGAGUGCAGAGUCUUCCUCUUCUUCUGAAACAAGCCAACAUUCGCACAGGUAUCAUUGGGAAAAAACACGUGGGUCCAGGCCCUGUAUACCCGUUUGAUUUCGCCUACACAGAAGAGACCAAUUCCGUUCUUCAGGUGGGUCGGAAUAUCACCAAGAUCAAGCUCCUUGUCCGGAAGUUCUUCCAAAGCCAGAAAGAGGAGAGGAGUGAGAUGGAAGAGGAACGGCCGUUCUUUCUCUACGUGGCAUUCCAUGAUCCUCACCGUUGCGGCCAUUCCCAGCCUCAGUAUGGAAUGUUCUGUGAAAAGUUUGGGAAUGGAGAGAGCGGAAUGGGGAGAAUUCCGGAUUGGGAGCCAAAGUAUUACUCUCCAGACCAGGUCAAGGUACCGUACUUUAUUCCGGACACUCCUGCAGCGAGGGCGGAUAUUGCGGCCCAAUACACAACGGUCAGCCGGCUGGACCAAGGUGUCGGUCUGGUUCUUCAAGAACUACGGGAUGCGGGAUAUGAAAAUGACACUCUGGUGAUCUACAGCUCGGAUAACGGAAUUCCGUUUCCCAAUGGUCGCACAAACCUGUACAGCUCAGGUGUGAAGGAACCCAUGCUGGUCUCCUCACCUGAACACCGGCAGCGUUGGGGGCGGGUUAGCCAGGCUUACGUCAGUCUGCUGGACAUCACUCCCACCAUACUGGACUGGUUUUCUUUGCCAUAUCCAUCAUACAGUCUCUCAGGGGCUCAUCCGGUUGUGUUGACAGGUCAGUCUCUUCUCCCAGCCCUGAUCUCAGAACCGUCCUGGGUCACCGUCUAUGCCAGCCAGAGUCUCCACGAGGUCACUAUGUUUUACCCAAUGCGCUCCAUCCACCAGGGCUGCUACCGCCUCCUGCACAACAUGCACUACCGCAUGCCCUUCCCUAUAGACCAGGACUUCUACGUGUCCCCUACCUUCCAGGAUCUGUUAAACCGGACUCAGUCAGGCCAGCCCACAGGCUGGUUUAAGACUCUAAAGGAGUAUUACUACCGGGAGAGGUGGGAGCUGUUUGACAUCCAGUCAGAUCCGACGGAGAGGCAGAACCUAGCUGGUGAUCCGGCCUACACCCCGGUUCUGAAGAGCCUGAGGGAUCAGCUGCUGAAGUGGCAGUGGCAAACGGAGGAUCCGUGGGUGUGUGAGCCGGAUGCGGUCCUCGAGACCAAGCUGGAACCGCAGUGCCGACCACUGUACAAUGGACUAUGAGUGCCUAAAAUCUGAGAGAAAACUGUAUAAACUUUUUAUGGUUCAGGUUCACUGUUUAAAUCAGGGGUGUCAAACUCAAUUCCUGGAGGGCCGGAGCCCUGCAGAGUUUUGUU